GCGGCGCGGCGCGGCGGCAGAAGCUGGGCUCCGGGCUGGGUGGCCGCUUCAGUCAGCGGGGCGCCUGCUCCUCGCCUCGGGCAGCGGGACCAGCUAUUUCCUGUGGCCACUGAAAUCCAAACCACCUAUGCCUAUUUCCUGUAAUGGACGAACUUGAUGCUAAUGUGAGUUCCAAGGAGGGCUUUGGAUCAGUGGAGAAAGUCUUGCUGCUCAUGUUUCUCUCAACCGUUAUCUUGAUGGCAAUCUUGGGAAACUUGCUGGUGAUGGUGGCUGUGUGCCGGGACCGGCAGCUCAGGAAAAUAAAAACCAAUUAUUUCAUUGUAUCUCUUGCCUUUGCGGAUCUUCUGGUUUCGGUGCUGGUGAUGCCCUUUGGUGCCAUUGAGCUGGUUCAAGACAUCUGGAUUUAUGGGGAGAUGUUUUGUCUCGUCCGGACAUCUCUUGAUGUUCUGCUCACCACCGCAUCAAUUUUUCACCUGUGCUGCAUUUCACUGGACAGGUAUUAUGCCAUCUGCUGUCAGCCUUUGGUCUACAGAAACAAGAUGACUCCUCUGCGUAUUGCACUCAUGCUGGGAGGCUGCUGGGUCAUCCCCAUGUUUAUCUCUUUCCUUCCCAUAAUGCAAGGCUGGAAUAACAUUGGCAUAAGUGAGUGGAUAGAACAAAGAAAGUACAAAUACAGCUCUAACUCUACGAACUGUGUCUUCAUGGUCAACAAGCCCUACGCCAUCACCUGCUCCGUGGUGGCCUUCUACAUCCCGUUCCUCCUCAUGGUGCUGGCCUAUUAUCGCAUCUAUGUCACAGCUAAGGAGCAUGCCCACCAGAUCCAGAUGUUGCAACGAGCAGGCGCCCCCUCAGAGGGCAGGGCCCAGCUGGCAGACCAGCACAGCACACAUCGCAUGAGGACGGAGACCAAAGCAGCCAAGACCCUGUGCAUCAUCAUGGGCUGCUUCUGCCUUUGCUGGGCUCCAUUCUUUGUCACCAACAUUGUGGAUCCUUUCAUAGACUACACUGUCCCUGAGCAGGUGUGGACUGCCUUCCUCUGGCUCGGCUAUAUCAACUCUGGAUUGAACCCCUUUCUCUACGCCUUCUUGAAUAAGUCUUUUAGACGUGCCUUCCUCAUCAUCCUCUGCUGUGAUGAUGAGCGCUAUAGAAGACCUUCCAUUCUGGGCCAGACUGUCCCCUGUUCAACCACAACCAUUAAUGGAUCCACACAUGUGCUAAGGGAUGCAGUGGAAUGUGGUGGCCAAUGGGAGAGUCAGUGUCAUCCCCCAGCAACUCCUCCUUUGGUGGCUGUUCAGCCCAGUGACACUUAGGCCAAUUGUGCAGUGACCCAGAAGACAGCCAUGCCUCCAAGAGAGGUCCAGGUCCUAAACCGCUGCUCGCACGUAACGGACCUGGCAUUCUCAUCGCCUGAGCGUUCUGUUGGUGCAGGUGGUCCAUGCAACGUGCUGUUCCUCUGGAUUCCAAAAAGUGACGCGGAGGGAGUCAGGCACCGGAAGGCCUCCUUAUCCACU